GGAAGCUAAAAGGAACAAACGUUUACAUGAACGACCAUUUGACCAAACGAAAUGCUGAUAUAGCUCGAAAAGCUCGCCAAAUGAGGAGAGAGAAGACAAUUCUACAAACUUGGACAGCGAACUGUAAAGUAUUCGUCAAACUCAACGGGAGAACGCCAAAGUGCUGGUGAUUAGAAACAUGGAAGAUCUGAAGGAAUAUGGCGUUUGAACUGGACUGUAAGAUAACUAAAGACUUAACGGGAGGACCAGGACCAAAGAAACUAAAAGUAGACCAAGAAGAAAAGAAAGAUAGUCCUGAAGAGCAUCCAUCGUCUCCUCGCCGGCGCUCACAUGUGGUCCCCGCACGCUAGGAUGAGGCGAGCAGGUGCACAACUACGGAGCGGCCGGGGAGGCGCCACGCUGCCACUGCCUCAUGUUUUAUGCACGGCCACGACGCGACGGCGUGCCGGCCUCUGAAUCCUCCCGGCGACUGAUAUCAUGUCUGCAGAGAGGCGCCACAGCCUGGGGGCGGUGCCCAUGGAAAGCUGGAUGACCCACAUGCCGCCCGCCCUGUGGGACACCCCGCUCUGCCACCUGGCCAUCCCGGGCAGCCAUAACGCAAUCACCUACUGCCUGGACUCCAACAACCGCUCACCCGUCGACCUGACCCAGCCAGACAUGCUCCGGAAGCUGGACCGCUACCUGAAGCCCCUCAUCCGCCCCUUCGUGUACAAGUGGGCCGUCACGCAGGAGUACUCGGUGAAGCAGCAGCUGGACUGCGGGGUCAGAUACUGUGACCUGAGAAUCGCACGCCGGCCCAACGACAACUCUACUGACCUCUACUUCUACCACGGCGUUUACAGCACGCUCACUGUGGAGACGGUUCUUGGUGAGAUCAGAGAGUGGUUGGACUCGCGUCCUAAAGAAGUUCUCAUCCUGUCAUUCAGUCACUUCCUGGACGUGAGCUGUGAGCAACACUUGCUGCUCCUGACCAGCAUUCGGAGCAUCUUCUCCUCCAAACUCUGUCCCGAAACGGACGCGCUGACCCUCAGGAAGCUGUGGUCCGAGGGCCGGCAGGUGAUCGUGUCGUACGAGCACGCCAUCGCCAGCCACCACCGUGACCUUUGGCCUCACAUCCCGUACUGGUGGGCCAACAAGUGCAAGGCCGAGGACCUGAUUGAGGCCUUUGAGCGCAGGAAGCGGCGUGGAAGACCAGGAGGAUUCUUCGUCACAGGAAUCAACCUGACCGGGCACCUGAAGUACAUCUGCACACACCCCACCGUGUCCCUCAAAGACUUGGUGACGUCCAGCAAGCCCACCAUCCUGACUUGGGUCCGAGGUCAAUCCCCCGGCAGCAGAGCGGAGUCUCUCAACAUCAUCGCCGGGGACUUCAUCACGGACACACACUUCACACAAACCGUGGUGGCGCUCAACGACAAACUGCUGCAACAACACUGAAUGGUGGACAUCACAACAAACCAUGAACUUCAUAUUUUAACUGUAGGGAAAAACAAAACACUCCAAUACUUGAAGUAGCUUCUCUGGUGAUGCAACACUUUUAGGCCAGGAGGCGACCAAGCAAUAGCCGGACAGGUGAUGAUGUCAUGUUGUUGUUUUUCACAUACUAAGCACACAAACCUACCUUUCUAUCGCAUGCUAGAAAACACCUUGACUUUACUUACGCUGCACCACCGUGCCUGAAGAAAUGCACCUUUUUCUAUAAAAUGCCCACUUUGACACGUCCUGAAAGAGCAGCGGUACGUGACACGUGCUAACUGUUAGCAUGCUAAUGUGAAAGUGCUAACUUUUUCCAGACAAUUUUGCAGCUAAACACCCGAGUCGUAGAAACUUGGUACUUGACACAUGCCAAUUUUGAUGCUAAACACCCGAGUUGUAGACCUUGGUACUUGACAUAUGCUGUUAGCAUGCUAACGUUAGCGUGCCGAACUUUUCAGACAAUUUUGCAGCCGAACACCUCAGAGUCAUAGAGCUGAGAAAUUGACACAUGCUAACUGUUAGCACGCCAACCUUUUUUGCCAAUUUUGCAGCCAAACACCAUGGAGUCAUAGAGCUGAGUAUUUGACACAUGCUAACUGUUAGCAUGCUAAUGUUAACAUGCUAUCUUUUUCAGCCAAUUUUGAUGCUAAACACCCGAGUUGUAGACCUUGGUACUUGACAUAUGCUGUUAGCAUGCCAAACUUUUCAGACAAUUUUGCAGCCGAACACCUCAGAGUCAUAGAGCUGAGAAAUUGACACAUGCUAACUGUUAGCAUGCUAAUGUUAGCAUGCCAACCUUUUUUGCAAAUUUUGCAGCCAAACACCAUGGAGUCAUAGAGCUGAGUAUUUGACACAUGCUAACUGUUAGCAUGCUAAUGUUAACAUGCUAUCUUUUACAGCCAAUUUUGUAGCUAAACACCAGAGUCAUAGAAACUUGGUACUUGACACAUGCCAAUUUUGAUGCUAAACACCCAAGUUGGAGACCUUGGUACUUGACAUAUGCUGUUAGCAUGCUAACGUUAGCAUGCCGAACUUUUCAGACAAUUUUGCAGCCGAACACCUCAGAGUCAUAGAGCUGAGAAAUUGACACAUACUAACUGUUAGCAUGCUAAUGUUAGCAUGCCAAUUUUGCAGCCAAACACCAUGGAGUCAUAGAGCUGAGUAUUUGACACAUGCUAACUGUUAGCAUGCUAAUGUUAACAUGCUAUCUUUUUCAGCCAAUUUUGAUGCUAAACACCCAAGUUGUAGACCUUGGUACUUGACAUAUGCUGUUAGCAUGCUAAACUUUUCAGACAAUUUUGCAGCCGAACACCUCAGAGUCAUAGAGCUGAGAAAUUGACACAUGCUAACUGUUAGCAUGCUAAUGUUAGCAUGCCAACCUUUUUUGCAAAUUUUGCAGCCAAACACCAUGGAGUCAUAGAGCUGAGUAUUUGACACAUGCUAAAUGUUAGCAUGCUAAUGUUAACAUGCAUGUUAACAUGCUAUCUUUUACAGCCAAUUUUGUAGCUAAACACCAGAGUCAUAGAAACUUGGUACUUGACACAUGCCAAUUUUGAUGCUAAACACCCGAGUUGUAGACCUUGGUACUUGACAUAUGCUGUUAGCAUGCUAACGUUAGCAUGCCAAACUUUUCAGACAAUUUUGCAGCCGAACACCUCAGAGUCAUAGAGCUGAGCAAUUGACACAUGCUAACUGUUAGCAUGAUAAUGUUAACAUGCUAUCUUUUUCAGCCAAUUUUGUAGCUAAACACCACUCAUAGAAACUGGGUACUUGCCACAUGCUGUCAGCAUGCUACUUUUUAAGCUAACUUUGCAGCUAAACACGCGAGUCUCAGAACUUGGUAUUUGACACAUGCUGUUAGCAUGCUAACUUUUUCCAGCCAAAUAUGCAGCUUAACACCUGAGUCAUAGAACUUAGUACUUGACACAUGCUGUUAGCAUGCUAACGUUAGCAUGCCAAACUUUUCAGCCAAUUUUGCAGCCAAACACCUCGGAGCCAUAGAGCUUGGUACUUGACACAUGCUAACUGCUAGCAUACUUUUCCAGCCAAAUUUGCAGCUAAACACCCGAAUCAUAGUACUUGGUACUUGACAUGCUGUUAGCAUGCUAACAUUAACAUGACAACUUUUUUAACCAAUUUUUCAGCCGAACACCUCAGAGUCAUAGAGAUUGGUAUAUGACACGUACUACUUGUUAGCAUGCUAAUGUAAACGCGUUAAGUUUUUCAGCCAAAUUUGUAGUUAAACACCCGAGUCAUAGUACUUGGUACUUGACACAUGCUGUUAGCAUGCUAACGUUAACAUGACAACCUUUUUAACCGAUUUUUCAGCCGAACACCUCAGAGUCAUAGAGAUCGGUAUAUGACACAUACUACUUCUUAGCAUGCUAAUGUAAACGCGUUAAGUUUUUCAGCCAAAUUUGUAGUUAAACACCCGAGUCAUAGACCUUGGUACUUGACAUAUGCUGUUAGCAUGCUAACGUUAGCAUGCCGACCUUUGCAGCCAAUUUUGUAGCCGAACACCUCAGAGCCAUAGAGCUGGGUAUUUGACACAUGCUAACUUAACAUGCUAAUGUAAACGCGCUAACUUUUUAGGCCAGAUUUGCAGCUAAACACCUGAGUCAUAGAACUUGGUUCUUGACACAUGCUGUUAGCAUGCUAACGUUAACAUGCUGACCUUUUCAGACAAUUUUUCAGCUGAAAACCUCAGACUCAUAGAGCUUGGUAUUUGACACAUGCUAACUGUUAACCCGCUAAGUUUUUCAGCCAAAUUUGCAGCUAAACACCCAAGUCUUACAACUUGGUACUUGACACUUGACGUAUGCUAACGUUAACAUGCUGACCUUUUCAGACAAUUUUGCAGCCGAACACCCCAGAGUCAGAGCUGGGUGUUUGACACAUGCUAACUGUUACAUGCUAAUGUAAAUGCGCUAAGUUUUUCAGCCAAAUUUGCAGCUAAGCACCUGAGUCAUAGAUCUUGGUAUAUGACACAUUCCGUUAGCAUGCUAACAUUAACAUGCCGACCUUUUCGGCCAAACACCUCAGUCAUAGAGCUUGGUAUUUGACACAUGCUAGCUGUUAGCAUGCUAAUGUUAACGCGCUAACUUUUUCAGCCAAAUAUGCAGCUAAACACCCGAGUCAUAGAACUUGGUAUUUCACACAUGCUGUUAGCAUGCUAACUUUUUCAGCCAAUUUUGCAUCCAAACACGCGAGUCAUAGAACUUUGUACUUGACACAUGCUGUUGGCAUGCUAACUGUUAGUAUGCUGACAUUAACAUGCUAACUUUUUCAUUCAAAUUUACACUUAAACACCCGAAUCAUAGCACUUGGUACUUGACACAUGCUGUUAGCAUGCUAACGUCAAACAUGUCGACCUUUUUAGCUAAUUUAGCAUGUCAACAUUACCAUGCUAAGGUUUUGAGCUGGUUUCACAGAAGUUGGUACUUUUAGACACAUGCUAACUGUUUAAUCUGCUAUAUUAAUGAGUAAAGUAAUUUGCAAAAAAAAAAA